AUGGAGCCGGCCGGCCCCUGCCAGGCGCCGCUGCUCCCCGCCAACGACUCUUACCACGGCCGAAAUUGCAGCGCCGAGGAAGGGAUCUACCAAGAUGCCACCCCCCUCUCCGGGAAGAUCGUGCUCGCCGUCGUCCUGGCGCUCGUCACCCUGGCCACGGUGCUCUCCAACGCCUUUGUCAUCGCCACGGUCUACCAGACGAGGAAACUCCACACGCCGGCCAACUAUCUCAUCGCCUCGCUGGCCGUCACCGACCUCCUCGUCUCCAUCCUCGUCAUGCCCAUCAGCACCAUGUACACUGUGACCGGCAAGUGGACGCUGGGCCAGAUCGUCUGCGAUAUCUGGCUGUCCUCGGACAUCACCUGUUGCACGGCGUCCAUCCUGCACCUCUGUGUCAUCGCCCUGGACCGCUACUGGGCCAUCACCGACGCCGUCGAGUACUCCACGAAACGGACUCCCAAGCGGGCAGCGGGCAUGAUCGCUCUGGUAUGGGUCUUCUCCAUCUGCAUCUCCAUGCCCCCUUUGUUUUGGCGGCAGGCGAAGGCCGAGGAAGUCUCUCACUGUGUGGUGAACACGGACCACGUCCUCUACACCGUGUACUCCACGGUGGGAGCCUUCUACUUCCCCACUCUGCUGCUGAUAGCCCUCUACGGGAGGAUCUACGUGGAAGCCAGAUCGCGGAUUUUGAAGCAGACGCCAAAGAAAGCAGGUAAAAGACUAACGCGGGCUCAGUUGAUCACAGACUCCCCGGGGUCGUCCUCCUCCGUCACGUCCAUAAACUCCAAGGCCCCCGAGGGAUCCAGCGAAACGGGCUCUCCCGUGUACAUGAACCAGGUGAAGGUGAAGGUCUCGGAUGCCCUGCUGGAGAAAAAGAAGCUCACGGCCGCUAGAGAGCGGAAAGCUACAAAGACUUUAGGGAUUAUUUUAGGAGCCUUUAUCGUCUGUUGGCUGCCCUUUUUCAUCAUCAGCCUGGUGUUGCCUAUUUGCAAGGACGCUUGCUGGUUCCACAUGGCCAUCUUUGACUUUUUCACGUGGCUUGGAUAUCUCAACUCCCUCAUCAACCCCAUCAUCUAUACUAUGUCUAACGAAGACUUCAAACAAGCUUUCCACAAACUCAUACGUUUCCGAUGCACAAGCUGAAAAUUUUGAAUGCAAUGUGUUCUCCGGGGCUGCCCCCAUGCACGCCCGUGCCCGACGCCACAGAAUCAAGUUGCUAUUGUAAAGACCCACUGCUUGAAACUUCCCCAAGCCCAGUUGCCAGACUCAUGAUGCUGCAAAAACGUCAAUACAUACUGCCACCAAACUGCUCAGCUCUGCAUUUCAGUGUAAUGACUCUGGCAGAGAUGCUGUUCCAAUAGUCACGCAGAUCAGUUGCAAAAAAAGAGGGCAGCCUCGAAUCAAGGUCUAUAAUUCAUCUGGACUGAAGAAAAAGUUUGAGAGUAAACUCCAUUUAUUUUGCAGGCUUAACUUCUUAAUUUGUUCUCCGGCCGGUUGUAGGGGUGUGCACAAGAGCACAGUUGUCUCUGUCUGUG